GCGGUGGGGAAGCGGGGCUCCUCCCUCGCGGUCCCGGGCUCACCUGUCGGCCAGGUGUGCGGCCCCCGGCAUCUCUGCCCCGGGAGAGAUGCAACGGACUUGCUUUACUUGGUUCCGGACGCAGUCCAAGAACCCAGAAGGGCGCCGGGCACGCAGAGGCGCCCAGUUCCUGCUGAAGAGAGAAGAAAAUGAGGGUGACAGGGAUGGGGAGCCGAUCCUCCCGAGGCUGCGGCUCAGCCCUGGGCUUCUCAGAGGGAGCCCGCGGUUACGUCGGAGGACAGCUUGAGAAAACUCCAUUUCCCGGUUAACUGUGGGGUCAAGGUGCCCAAGGCCCACCUCCUGGCACAGCCUCUUCCAGCACCUGCCGUGGCUCCUCUUGGAUUCCAGGACGGGAACUUCCUUCUCAGCAGCGAGAGGGGCUUUCCGCAGGGGCCGUAUCUGACCAUGGCCUUGCAGACGGCUCGACCCCGCCAGGGGUUCUUUGGGAUCCCCACCCACGGCAGCCUCUUGCUCCUGCUUCUCAGCCUCGGGUGGGUGCUAGCUUCCACGGCCCAGGCUGCAGACACCGGACUGGGUGUCAUGACUCCAUGGCUGCAACGCACGUCCCAAGACCUGUCCUGGCAGCGGCCUGAGCUGACCGUCAUCCUUCCGAGGGCCCGGCGGGACACAGAGAAGAAGGCCUGCCCCCCGGGGCGGAAGGCCCAAGUGGUGGAUGAAAACCUUGUCUUCUAUGAGGAGUGGGAGCUGGAGGCCUGUGUGGACGGGGCCCUGCUGGCCGCUCAGAUGGACCGGGUGAACCUGGUGCCCUUCACCUACCAGCAGCUGAACAUUUUCAAGCGCAAAUUGGACAAGUUCUACCCGCAGGGGUACCCUGAGUCCCUGAUCCAGCGCCUGAGGUACUUCUUCCUUUGGGUCACCCCUGAGGACAUCCACAAGUGGAAUGUGACUUCCCUGGAGACUGUGAAAUCUCUGCUCAAAGUCAGCAAAGGGAACAGGAUGGAUGCCCAGGUGACUGCCCUGAUUGCACGCUAUGUAGGGGGAGGGGGCCAGCUGGACAAGGCCACACUGGACGCCCUGGCCUCCUUCCACCCUACCUACCUGUGCUUCCUCAGCCCUGAGCAGCUGGGCUCCGUGCAGCUCAGCGUUGUUUGGGCUACCAGGCCCCAGGACCUGGAUGCAUGCAGCCUGCAGCAGAUGACUGUCCUCUACCCCAAGGCCCGCACUGCCUUCCAGAACGUGAGCGGGUCCGAAUACUUCACGAGGAUCAAGCCCUACCUGGGUGGGGCCCCCACGGAGGACCUGCGGGCUCUCAGUCGGCAGAACAUAAACAUGGACGUGGCCACAUUCAAGAAGCUUCGGACAGAGGCUGUGCUGCCGCUGACCAUUGCUGAGGUGCAGAAACUUCUGGGUACAAACCUGAUGGGCCUGAAGGCGGAGGAGGCGAACAGCCCCCUGCGGGAGUGGAUCUCCCGGCAGUCUCAGGAGGACCUGGACAGUCUGGGGCUGGGGCUGCAUGGCGGCACCCCCAACGGCUACCUGGUUCUGGACUUCAGCGUCCGAGAGGCCUCCUCGGGAGGUCCCCUCCUCCUCCGACUAGGACCUGGACCUGUGCUCACUGUGAUCCUAAGUCUGCUCCUGGCCUUGAUCCUGAACUGAGCCCACUGCUGUGCCCUGGGAACUGGGUCCUGCCAUGGAGACCCCACCUGGCUGGGAGUAGGCCCGAGUGGUCCCUGUCUGACCCCGAGGGCACCAGAGCUCAAUAAAGGAAGCCCCAU